GUGAAUAUAAAUUACUAAUAAAUUUAGUUGAAUUUUCUAUCCAUCACCGCCUUUUCACGCGGUGUCGCCGCCCUAAAUGUUCCUUCCUCCGCCACGUCCACACCUCCUAUACAUAUAUAUAUAUAUAUAGUCAUAUAGAUAGAUAGAUACUGAUACACAUCUAAUUAAAUCAUCAAUACUUGUUACUGAAAUUUCUCUCGAAGCUUAUUUUCUCUCUCUACAUAUAUAUCAACAUGAGCAACCAGAAUCAAGCAUACCCGCCGCCCGCCACCUCAUACCCGCCGGAGCCGCAGGGCGGUUACAUGACGGCGCCGCCGCCGGCUGGAUAUCCGACCAAAGACGGGCAGCCGGAACAGGCUCCGGCUGCAUCGGCUGACACCAAGUCCAGAGGCGAUGGCUUCUGGAAAGGAUGUUGUGCUGCCCUUUGUUGUUGCUGUGUGUUGGACGCUUGUUUCUAAAAAGUUUUAUGUAAUUUGACAUUCAUUUGAUCUUUUAUUAUCUUUUUAAAUAAUGUAUAUUAUGGAUUUGUUUUUUAUUAGGUUAUGGAGUUUGUGUGUGGUUUGAAAUAGUUGUGUUUGAACUUUGAUGUUAUUACCUCAUUUAUUAUGAAUGAUCAUUACGUGUAUUUCUCAUUUAA